UGCCAUUCCAUUCUCCAGGGCCUCUUCCUGACCCUGGGAUUGAACCCAGGUUUCCUGCAUUGAAGGUGGAUUCUUUACCAUCUGAGCCACCAGGAAAGCAGUCUGGGAUAAUUUAGUGAAUAUCGGGCAUCUUCUGUGUGCAAGACACUGUGCCAACACUUUGGGAUAUGUAAAAAAAGAGAUAAUCCGUACACAUUCAUUCUAGUAGGAGAAGGCAUUUACAGAAUUUACAAACAGUAAUAAAGAUUUAGCUUCACAGUAAAGGUUGAAUGGUACAGGAGGCAUUAAAGAAAGGGAUUUAUAUGUGAGUCAGCAGGAUUUGGAAGGGAUGUGGGAUUUUGACAGGUUGGAAUACUUAAAGUGGAGGAGGGUGGAGUCCAGGGUGAUGGCCCAAAUAGAAGAGGCAAGAGGAUUAAGUGUUAAUCCACUGAAAGAAUAAGGUGCAUUUGGGGAGCUAGGGGGAGAUGAAUCUGCACACAUACCUUGUGUUCACACUCUAGAAGGUGCUGGAUCUUGGUGUUGAGGUGCAGUUGGUAAAGGGGGUGUGAGACAUCCACCUUUCUUAACUGAAUCCCUGCUGUGGGGCUGCUUCAAGCUCUACCUGGAAUUACAGCUUUGAAAUUCACUGGGGGGUCUACUCUUCCCUUUCAGCUGGUCAGAUAACAGCUAAUGUUGCCUGAGUGCUUUCCACGUGCCAGUGCUCUUCUGGGUGCACGUUAAGUGACUUGAUCCUCACAGCAGUCCUCUGAGGCAAGUGCGCUGAUGAUCCCCAUUUUACAGAUGAGGCCACAUGCAGGCUGCACAGCUAGGAAGUGAGAGCACUGAGAUUUAGGCAGUUUGGCAUCAGAGUCUGGGCUCUUUUCCUGUACAUACUUUGAGCAUAGUUCUUUGUUAUGGUCAGGUUGCUUGGUGGCAUGGGGGAGAGCUCUGGUCACUUGAUCUUUAUGAUGGAAGGACAGUGAGUUGGGUCUGAGGGAUUCAGGGUGGGUGACAGUCUGUCACAUGGACACAGUCCAGCAGUUCACUUCUAGUGUGUGGUGUAGACAAAGGGUUGCUUUUUACUCUCAGGUAGCGUCUUUUCAGCUCUUAGAGCUAAGUCUUUGGUUUAUUUUUCCAAGAUUGAGAAACUCUUGAGAUUUUUCUCCAUUUAAACUUUGUUCAUUGUGGACACAGGUAGAAUUAGGGGUAGUUGAAUGCCAAGGACAGGUUUCAAGGAGAUGGCAAGAGAACUGUGGAGACGUCGCUGAAUUUGACAGGCCAGUCCUGAUUAAAACAAGUGUGCAAGUAGUGUUCAGGGCCAAGCCAGAAAACAUGGGAUGAGUGACAAGGUGUGCAAGGAGGCAAUUAAGUAUAGGAGAGAGUGGUCUUUGUGUGAUCAACAGAAGGAAGGGUGGGUGUUUUAUUCUCUGCACAGAGAGAUACAGCGUUUCCAAAGGUAGAGACAAAAAAGUGAAAAGGGCAUCCAUGGAGGGUCACACUGAGCAGUACUUUAGAGGAGGUAGAAGGUCAAGUUGUAAGCGGAUGUCUUUUUCCCACCAGGCUAAAAUUAGGAGUAGAGCCUGUUAAAGUCCGAAGUGUGCUGUGCCUGUCAGCAUUCAACAACCGUUGAAUUGGAUAAAGUUAAGGAGUUAAAUUUGUUAGAGGAACUAUAUGCAAUAAAUCCUGGGAUAAAGGAAAGUGAAAGGAGUGGUUUCUGUAAAAUAGGGCCUUAUGCUGAGCAGGCUUUGGUGAUGGGAUUCGUGACCUAAGGAGAACGGAGACGGAGGAAGGCAAUUAGGGACCGACCGUCUCAUCUUGUCCCUCUCCACCUGGGACCAACCUUACUGCCCCACACAGGCGACUCAGUGUAGCGCGCGCCCAUAAGACUUCUAACGGGAGCGCUCUAGGUGUAAACGUGAGGCAGUUGGCCACACACGUCAGUGUCUGCUCCCGUAGGGACAAUGCCAACACUUCCGACCCGAACUCGGGGUGUGUCAGUUGUCCCGUCCACCCGAAGUAGGUCUCUGCGCACAGUGCCGGUGCUCUGGCUACAGGUAAGGCAGGCGCCGCGCCCCUGCGCCGGGCGCGGCUUCCCGCUUCAAAUCCGGACGCUCACCCUCACCGAAUCAGCGGGCUCGCCCCUUCGCGCCACCCAAUCCAAAGCCGGCUCGGAGUCCCCGCCCCUCGGCUCGUGCCGCGAAUCGACGUAAAUCGGAGGGGCGCGCGGUACGGCCGGCAACCGUGAGGGGACGCGCGUACGCGCGCUGUCGGGACCACCCCCCCAUCCCCCCUACCCCACCACGGACGCCUGACCGGUUCCUCAGCGGACCUUCAGCCGGCUGGGCUGCAGCGGCUGGCGUUGUGCGCUCGACUUUGUUCCCCGAGGCAUGAGGUCCCUUUCGAGGCAGUCGCCUGGAGGACAGCUGUUUUUAUGACUGUGUUUUCACUCGCUGUUAGCAUUUUGAGGUCACUCGACUGGAGCUUUUCCUGCUCUAAGAUCAACUUUUUCUCCGGACUUCAGUUUUUAGGGCAAACUUUAAGUGAGAUGGAAGAUUUUCGAGGUAUAGCCGAGGAGUCAUUUCCAAGCUUUUUAACCAGUUCAUUACUUGGUAAUAGUGGGAUUUUGGAAAAUGUCACUCUUUCUUCAAAUCUUGGCUUGCCUGUUGCUGUUUCCACACUUGCUAGAAAUAGAUCCAGCUCUGAAAACAGGUAUUCUGAUGUCCAGACCUCUUACUUAGUGGAAGGGAAGUUUUCAGUUCCAUCGGAGCCAUCGCCCAGUAGCCAGAGUGAAAAUGAGCCGAGAGAGAGGUUACGGCUUGUCUUCUCGGAUGAUGAUUCUGUCGCUAAGAAAAAGAACCAGACAGAAAGUCAGUGUUUGUCAGAUGCUGUCCUCAGAGAGUCCGCUUUUCCCAGUGAUGGAGCAAGAGCAGAAGAGGAGCAGGCCAGAGCUGCAGAGCCCUUCCUGAGUCAGGGUCCUUCCAACAGAGCCUCACCCCUGGGGCAAGAGCAAGACUCACCUAUUGAUUUUUGUUCACAAUCCUGGAUGAAUAAAGAGAAUAAGAUUGGUGUUCCUGACGUGGGAAAACAUUUUGAAGAGAGGAAUCCAAACAGUGACUUAAGCCUUACUAGUUUCCUAGAAAACGAGAAACUGAUAUCACUUGCCAGCUUGGAAGAUUCUUCUGAUGAUGAUAUUGAUGAUGAAGAGUUUUAUGAUGAUCAUUUGGAGGCUUAUUUUGAGCAACUGGCAAUUCCAGGAAUGAUGUAUGAAGACCUAGAAGGACAGGAACCUCCAGAAAAUGAUUUUAAGUUACCUACAAGUGAUCCUAGUCAGGAAAGUGGAAGAGCAGACGUUCUGGUGAAGUCUCUUAGGACUCCUAAUGCAAAACUUAACCCCGUUGACUUUAAUGACACAAAUGCCAGUAAAGAUGAUUUUGAUUUGAUGGAUUCUCUAAAGCUAGAGGAAGUGUCUCCUCAUCAAAAUAAGCAUUUGACGUCAGACUCAAAAACUGUUUUGCCUGUGGAUAGAUUUUUAGACACUGAAACGUCUCAAGUGUCCAUUCAAACAAAUGUGGAUGUAGCAUCUUUGAAGCCUGUUAGUGACAAUGCAUUUAAUUCCACUGAUGCUCCGUGGUCACCCACCAGUGAAGGGCAAACCUGUGAAUGUUACGAGUUGGUUGGAAAGACCAAGGACCAAGCAGACCCACCACAGAGUGUGGUCUAUCAGGAUGAGGAGGGCAGAUGGGUCACUGAUCUCGCCUAUUACACACCUUUUGAUAAAGAACAAGAUUUCAAUGUGUCUCUCAGUAAUGAACUGAGUGAAGACUUCCGAUCUGGCUCUGAUGCAUUGGAUUUGAUUGCACAAGAUGAAGAAGAAUUUAAUAAAGAGCAUCAGUUUAUGCAGGAAGAAAAUAUAGAUGCCCAGAACAUGUCUGUUGCCCUUGGAGAUACAUCAUGGGGAACUUCGGUCAACUGUGGUCUACUGAGGAGAUCACUGAGUGCGUCAGAUGUGGACAGAGAUGAUGCCAGUUACUUACGUCUGUCUUUAGGGGAGUUCUUUGCUCAAAGGUCUGAAGCUCUCGGUUGCCUUGGUGGUGGUUACAAUGUGAAAAGACCAUCGUUUGGUUAUUUUAUUAGAUCACCAGAGAAAAGAGAACCUAUUGCCCUAAUAAGAAAAUCAGACCUAUCAAGAAGUAAUUUGGGAAAAGAAGUGGCUGAUCUUAACCAUGGUCUUUUUUCAGGAGAUUUAAAGGCACAGCUAAGUGAAGGAUCAGUUACACUUCAGGCUGAAGAACUGGAGAGUAUUUCACAAGUGGAUGAAAAUGAUGUAACAUUAACUGCCAAUAAAGGAAAAGCAGAGGACACUUUCCUUGUCAGCAGCAAACCUCAGAGACAUACAGACGAGCUGCCCAGAGAGAGUGACUCUGUGCUGAGGAUAAGCACCAUUGCUUCUGCCAUUGCGGAAGCGUCAGUGAGCGCUGACCCUCUCCAGCUUGCCACCAUGAUCAAAGCACUUUCAAAUAAAACCCGACAGAAGACUUGUCAGGAGGAUGGUAAACAAAGGCACUAUUCUGCUGUGUCUCAUUUCUUACCUAAUGAUCUGGAAAAAAGUAAUGGAUCCAGCACAUUUGAUAUGGAGAGAUACCUUAAGAAAACAGACAUUAGUCAAUAUGAAGGUGGGCUGGACAACUUUUCAAGAGCUGGUGUGUCUGGUAUUUGGGAUUUAUCUUUGUCCAAAGAACGGACUACACACGACAUCCAUGCGGUGGACCUGGGUGCUACUAGCAUAAGUGUAAGGGAGCCAGAGGUAGGCACUGCAGCCGGUUUUUAUGGUGAAAGUGGAGACGGCGUGGAUCAGGCAUCGUUGAGAACAAUUAGCUCUUCAAAUUCAGUUCUUACAAAUGUGGGCGAGAGCGAGGGUACAGCGGUUGAUGUGAAGACACAUUCCAUUGACCAUAAAUCCCCAGAUUCUGGUGAUGGCGAAAAAGCUGCCUCCGUACCCAUUCCAGCCUCUGAUAGUUGCUCCGUCAUUGGGAACCCCAGAGUAGCAUCUCUUUGGCUGUCAGAAGAGUGUAAAGGCCUACAGAAGAGUAGAGACUACCAGAGGCAAAAUGAGUGCAUUAGUGAGACAAGUAACAGUGAAAAGCACGUGGCUUUUGAAAACCAUUCAAUAAUCUCACCUAAACGUGUUGAUUUGAAAAGUCCCUCUCCUGAGCGCGGUGGACACAGCUCGGAGAACGGCGAGGACAGCUUCCGACCUUCCACUUCUCCACUGAGUCAUUCUUCUCCUAGUGAAAUUUCAGGAACUAGUUUAUCAGGGUGUGCCCUGGAGUCUUUUGGUUCAGCAGCUCAGCCACAGAAGGGCCCCUGUGAGAGGGAGUUGUCCCUGCUGACGUGUCCAGAGGCCAGUGUCAGCAGGCUGACGUAUGUGUCUGAGCAGGAGAGCAUUAGUCCCUCCAUGGCCUCACGUCGUGGCCUUGACGACCGCGAGAGUGAUAUCACCAGUGAGUUGAGCACCACAAUUAUCCAGUCCAGUCCAGUUCCAGCUCAGGAGCUGGCUGCGGAUAAGUUAGGAGAAAAAAGUCCAUUUCAAAGUAGAGGAAAAGGAGCAUUAUCGUAUAUUAUCCAGAAGAACUUGGACACAGAAAAAGUGACUGAAACGACUUCUCUGAGCAGCAGACCUGAAGAUGUAAAACUGGACUUUAGCUCCAGUAGACUGCCUUCCUCCAAGAGUGAAAAUCGGUCACAGACCAGUGCGACGGGUUUGACCUCAGACCGUGGUGACCUGGAGCAGGUCAGCCUAGCUCUGCAAAGUGAAUCCAGCCUCCACCCAGCCACACUGGCCAUACCGUGCCUCCCUGUGUCCCGCCAGGCACCUGUGCUCGACGGUGGGCACGUGACUCCUAGAGACACAUCAGCUACUGACAGUGAGUUCAGUGGCCAGGGUCCUUAUCAGACGUCUGUCCCUUCUGUCCCCUGCACCGAGGGCUGCGGCCCUGCACCCAUGAGGCAGCACAUGCCCCCCACAGGUCCCGCAGUCUCAAUGCGCUAUCCCCUUCCCGUGGCUCCGUGUGCCCAGCCGCACUCUGGGGCACUGCCUACAGCGAGCAGUGCCACCCUGCCUCGCUGCCGGGCCUGUGGUGCCACCGCCUGCGGGCUCUCCUGUGGGCUCCCAGGAAGCUGUCACCCUGCCGUUGUGGGAGAGCAUGUCCAGCACUCAGUGACUUCAGGCCUCUGCCUGGGACAGGAUAUCGGCUCAGGGUUGAUGGCCUCCUCUUCCCUUUGUAACCUGUACUCUGACACCUUCAGUCAGAACCUUCUGAAUGCGGCCAAAGUGCUUCCUGUGCAAUCUCUCCAUCCAGACUGUGGAAUUGAGCCAUGGGAUUCAGCAGUGGUGUCAGGACUUGGGAGAGUAAGUGUGCCCGAGGAAUUGAAGUUUCCUCAUGCUUGCUGUGUUGGCAUUGCUUCGCAAACUUACCUCAGUGUCCUGAACCCCGCUGACCGCUGGCUGCAGGUCAGCAUCGGGGUUCUCAGCAUCAGUGUUGACGGUGAAAAGGUGGAUUUUUCAGCUUAUCCUUGUUUAGUUUUCAAGAAUAGAGUCAUCAUAAGACCUCAUGCCACAGAAGAGAUUAAAGUGCUCUUCAUACCGUCUGAUCCCGGGAUCUUCCGAUGUAUAUUCAGUGUUGCUUCUUGGCCAUUCUCAGCCGACGCAGAGACCGUGGCACAGGCGGAAGCCCUGGCCAGCAGGGUUGUCCUCACUGCCAUUGCUGAGACUCCCAUGAUCGAGGUAGAAACAGAAAAGAAGGGUGUUCUUGAUUUUGGCGACUUGACUUACGGAAGCUGGAAAGCUUUGCCUCUAAAACUGGUGAACAAGACACAUGCCAACAUCCCCAUCAGACUGAUUAUCAGUGCUAAUGCUGUGGCCUGGCGCUGCUUCACCUUUUCCAAGGAGCCCAUCCACGCAGCUCUGAGAGCAUUGCCUUAUGCCCACGCGAUCGCGCAGCUGGCUGCCCCAUCAGUGAUCAACCACAUGAUGCCUGCCAGUGACGAUGGACAGGAUCCAGAAUUUCUGGUAAUUUGGGUUCUUUUCCAUAGUCCAAAGAAACAGAUCACUUCUUCAGAGAUUCUAGACUCAGCAGAAGAAUUUUUGGCAAGAGUCGAUAUAGAAGUUGAUAGUCCAAACCCCACACCAGUCAUUAAAAGCAUCAGUCUUCGAGCAAGAACAGGAAUUGCCCGCAUCCAUGCCCCAAAAGACCUCCAGACUCUGCACUUGUUUGCCAGUGUGGCUUCCUCAGCAAGGCAGUACUUACCUCUGAAAAAUGCUGGGAAUAUUGAUGUCCACCUGGAUAUCAAGAUCCCAGAUCAAGGAAGUCACUUUUCAGUGGACCCAGAGAAACUAUUCCUUAAACCUGGAGAAGAGCAUGAAGUUAUAGUUUCAUUUUCUCCAAAGGAUCCCAUGGGCUGUGAGGAAAGGAUCUUGAAAAUAUUCGUGCAGCCAUUUGGCCCUCAGUAUGAAGUGAUGUUAAAAGGUGAAAUAGUUUCUUCGGGAAAUAGGCCUCUGGCACCUGAAUCUCUCACCUCAGAUAUUCCUUCGAUUUUAUCCAACAAGCAGUUUCUGGCCUGGGGAGGUGUCCCCCUCGGUAGAACACAGCUUCAGAAACUAGCUUUAAGAAACAAUUCUGCGUCUACAGCCCAGCAUUUACGCCUGCUUGUCAGAGGACAAGACCAGGACUGCUUUCAGCUGCAGCACACUUUUGGCUCAGAAGAGCGAUUGACCAGUAACUGUGAGGUCAGGAUUCGUCCAAAAGAAGACAUUUAUAUCUCCGUGUUAUUUGCACCUACUCGCCUGUCUUGUAUGUUGGCCAAACUCGAAAUUAAACAACUUGGAGUUCGAUCACAACCAGGUGUUAAGUUCACGAUACCUUUGUCUGGAUAUGGAGGCACAAGUAACCUCAUUUUGGAAGAUGUUAAAAAAUUAUCUGACAAUUACAUGGUAACAGUGAAUGACUUAGUGCCUGGCCAGGAAAGUAGAAUUGUUAUUUCUGUCCGUAACACUGGCUCUCGAGCAGCUUUUGUUAAAGCUGUAGGUUUUAAGGAUUCUCAGAAAAAAGUUUUGCUGGAUCCUAAAGUAUUAAGGAUUUUUCCAGACAAAUUUGUGCUGAAGGAGAGAACACAGGAAGAUGUUACUAUAAUAUAUAAUCCAUCAGACAGAGAAAGCAGUUGUAAAACCACCACAGAACUGUCAACUAUAUACUUUUUUGGUGGAGAUGAAAUUUCACGUCAGCAGUAUCGAAGAGCCGUGCUGCACAUGCCAGAGGUGAGAGAGCGGGUCCUACCCAGUCAGAGUGUGCUGCACAGCAUCGACUUCACAGAAGCAUUUCAGGACGAGCUGCUUGUAACUGAAGUGUAUGACCUUCCCCAGCGGCCCAAUGAUGUCCAGCUCUUUUAUGGAAACAUGCGUAAAAUCAUACUUUCAGUAAUUGGAGAAUUUAGAGAUUCCAUUUCCAGCAGAGAAUUUCUUCCACCUUCUGCCAAACCUAGCUUGGAAUUCAAAAGUGAAUCUGGCAGUUUUGGGGCACAUGGUGGUAACAUUUCUUUGGAUGUUUUGCCAGUGAAGGGUCCUCAGGGUUCUCCCCUUCUUUCACAAGCUGUUCACCCACCUCAGGAUAACUCGGCCUCAGAGGAAGUGUGGGCUGUCCACCCUGAGCACCUGGUCUUGGUUGCUCCUUCAUGUGAUACGGCAAAAACUGGACGUUUCCAGAUUUUAAAUAAUUCUGUUAGGUUGCUGAAAUUUGAGCUGUACUGGCCAGCACACUGUCUUACAGUGACUCCACAACAUGGGUUUAUCGCACCUGAGAGUAAGAUGCAAAUUCUUGUGAGUCCCAAUUCCUCCUUAUCCACAAAACAUUCAAUGUUCCCUUGGAGCGGCUUGAUCUAUAUACACUGUGACAAUGGACAGAAGAAAAUUGUGAAGGUUCAAAUUCGAGAAGACUUGACCCAAGAAGAACUUUUCACUCAUUUGACCUCCAGCCCACUUGGAAUCCUUUCCCAAGAAACUGAGCGUGCAGUUAAUCUGGUAAAACCAGCAGCAAAACCACCUGCCACAAAAGUUGAGCUAAGAAACAAGACAGUUACUUUUCCUCCAACAGAACCUGGUGAGACCUCAGGAAAUUACCUAGAACUGGAGAAUCAUGGUGACACGGAAGUGAGGUGGCACCUAUCAUCUUUAGCUCCACCUUACGUCAAGGGAGUUGAUGAGAGUGGAGAUGUUUUUAGAGCUACCUAUGCAGCAUUCAGAUGUUCUCCUAUUUCUGGUGUAGUGGAAGGCCAUGGUGUCCAAAAGGUCUCUGUCAUGUUUUUGCCCAGAGAUAGAGGAGACUAUGCCCAGUUUUGGGAUGUUGAAUGUCACCCUCUUAAAGAGCCUCACCUGAAGCACACCUUAAGAUUCCAGCUGUCUGGACAUAGUGUCAGAGCAGAAAGUGAGCCUGGAAUUUCACGCAUUUCUGCAAAUAGCCUCAUUAAAAUAGAUAAUUUACUUAAGCUUCGAAGACAGGCUGUAUCUGAGGCUUCUGCCCUCAUACCUGGAAGGCAACUUGACUUGACCCACCGUGGAGUUUAUGCCCCAGAAGACGUGUAUCAAUUUCUGCCAACGAGAGUUGGGGAAUCAAGGACAUUGAAAGUCAAUUUGCGAAAUAAUUCUUUUAUUACACACUCGCUCAAGUUUUUAAGUCCCAGAGAGCCUUUCUACGUCAAACAUUCAAAAUAUUCUUUGAGAGCCCAGCACUACAUCAACAUGCCCGUGCAGUUCAAGCCCAAGUCCGUGGGCAAGUUUGAAGCUUUGCUCGUUGUUCAAACAGAUGAAGGCAAGAGUGUCGCCGUCCGACUCAUUGGGGAAGCUCUUGGAAACAUCAGCUAGAAUCCAGUGUGUGUAAAGUAAAUGAUCUAAGUUACAUUUUGGUAAUUUCAUUUUUUCUACACUACAGUUAUGCAUUUGUAUAUAUUUUGUAUGAUAAAUUGGAUGUCUAUAACUGUAGAUUUGUUGCUUUAAGAAGCUAAUACCUGACUAAAAUAAUCAUGUAUCUAGCCUACAGUCUUGUAUUUAACUUUUACAGAGAAGAGAGUUCUAUUUUUGCAUUGAUGAUGAUACUCUGAAUAAAUUUGACAUGUUUUAGUUGGAUAUCCAGAAAUAAACUUAAUUUCCACUGAA